AUGAAGUCGUCUACAGUUUUGUACAUGCUGUUGCUUGUCAGAUUGUGUAGUUGUAAAGGCCCUGAUAAUCAGGCCGGAGAUACAAAAGAGGAUCUAUCCGCAAGCAGUGCUCAGGCCAAUCAAAAUGUUCAGGAAGCCGAACAAUCUGGAAGUGUUUCCAAUUUAGACAGUAUUUAUAUUGACAAUCCUGACGGAAGGCUCUGUAGACAUUUUGACUUUCACUUGGAUUCUAUCCCAACCAGACUUGUGGUUGUACAAAAUAAGAUUGCGAACAAGGUGUUCUUUGAAAAAGAGACGAUUUUUGCUACUAAGCCUGGUGAAAUCAUAGAGUUCAUUCAGAUCUAUAUGGAUAAGGACAAAAAUCCUGGACUAGCAUACAUUGUAACAAGCGCUUCUGGAACUCUACUUGGGAAAGUCCUUGGACCUGGUGAGGGUAAGUGGAAGCUUUUUGAAGGAAAUUACCACGAAAAAAUUUGCUCCAUGAGAAAUAUUCAGGAUUCUUCAUCUGAUUUUAUCCUGGAUUUAGACGAUAAAAAGGACACUGAUGAAUGUAAAGUAAUAGAAGUAGAACUAUUGGGAGUACCAAGUUAUCUCUACUUUCCAAAGCUCGGACAGAAUGCGGAUAAGGUGAUACAUGGGGAGCAAGUGAUAUGGGAAAGUUGUGGGAUUGAACGACUAAUGCACUGUGAUAUGUAUACUGGCAGAAGUGGGCAACCACUUCUUCUCGUGGUAACAAACAACGGUGACCAAGAUCACUCGUAUUUCCUCGAGAAGGAGGACGGAGAAUGGAAACCUAUUGAUUUAGACAAGUUCUCUAAUAAAUUUAAGGACAUGAUAACUGAAUUUGUAAAGUUAAAUUAUCAAGUAGUAUAAAAUAGUGUAAAUGUCCAUUGUAUGGGCUAUUUUUACUCUCUCUACCUCAUGGGGAUAACAUACGAUUACUUAUUCCUCUAGGAGAGAAUAUACAAGAUGUGGGAAUACGGGCUAAAGUAUUUAAGCUAUAACCGAAAACUGACAAUCUGAUUAUUUUUCAUAAAAGGUUUAUACCUGGUCAUACAAUAACUAAAUGUAAAAUC